CCGUUGCACUCUAUUUCCGGUUCUUUGCUUGACGUUGCAUCCGGAUAAAAUUCAGAUAAUGUUGCCAAGAAUAAAGUAUCUUCCGUUCAUUUCUGUAUAUUAAAUUCUGUUCAGAUUUCUUUGUGGAGGAUGAAAAGCUCCCCGCUUUGCUGUGAGGAUUUCACUGCGGCCGCCCUCCUCUUAAAGGUCGCUUCAAAGCUGCUUUCCUUACGUCCGGAGCUCAUUGUUAGCCUAGCUUUAGCCAUGCUCGCAGCCGCUUUCACUUAUUUCCGCGCUGGGACCACCGCUGCUAGCUAGCAUAGUAGCUGGCUAGUUAAGCUUUAUUUUUUAGGUAACUCUGUCAUUUUGUUGAGUGUGUGCAGGGUGUAUUUUCUUUGAUUUCUGAUGUAUUUCUUGUAAAACCGUCAAAGACCAGAGCGGUUCUUCUUUUCUUUUUUAAAGCGCUCGGACAGGGACGGUGUGUUUGCUAAUAGCUAACCCGCACACCUUACUUUGAAGGAAACGUUUCUUCAUUUAUCUUACUCAACCUGCUCGGGGUUAUUUGACGCAACGGGGCUUUUAGUUGGAGCUUCACCAUUUAUAUUUUAUUUUGGAAAAAAAAGGUACAUUUGAGCCACUAUGGCUUCCUCCUCUGGCAACGACGAUGAUCUGACAAUCCCCAGAGCAGCGAUCAACAAGAUGAUCAAAGAGACUCUGCCUAACGUAAGGGUUGCUAACGACGCCCGGGAGCUGGUGGUGAACUGCUGUACGGAGUUCAUCCACCUGAUCUCCUCUGAAGCCAACGAAAUAUGCAACAAAUCCGACAAGAAGACCAUUUCUCCGGAGCAUGUCAUCAACGCGCUGGAGAGUCUCGGUUUCGCUUCAUAUAUAACGGAGGUGAAAGAUGUCCUCCAGGAGUGUAAGAGUGUAGCUCUGAAGAGGAGGAAGGCUAGCUCCCGGUUGGAGAACUUGGGCAUCCCAGAAGAGGAGCUGCUCAGGCAGCAGCAGGAGUUAUUUGCAAAGGCUCGGCAGCAGCAGGCGGAGCUGGCCCAGCAGGAGUGGUUGCAGAUGCAGCAGGCCGCGCAGCAGGCACAGAUGGCUGCGGCGUCUGCCAGCGCAGCUCAGCAGGCCAGCUCCUCUCAGGAUGAAGACGAAGAGGACGACAUGUGAUCCCGGGACGCUGCUCAGCUCGUCCAAGUUGUUUCCUGGAACGGCGUUAAAACAACCCUCCACUACCCCCCCCUCAGAGCUGUCGUCGACAGAGAUGUGGGACUUCUUGGAGGACAGAAAAAUGCCUCCUGGGAACAAAGGACAGCAGAUUAAUGGGGGGGGAUCUAAAGACGGACCCCUGUGCAGAUAGCGGUACCUGCAACCGAACUGAACGCAAAACCAACACACAAAAAAAAAACGUUUAUGAUGUUUCUGAGUAACAUUGCAUCGACCCCACCCCUGUUUUUAGUUUGUGUUUAAAUGACCUUAGUUUUUGUUCUCAGUAGCGAUCUGGAUGUGUUUAAAAGACGGACGCUGCUGAAGAUGCCUGUGAUUCGUUCUUUUUGCCCGGUGACAUUCAUGCGUUUAGGUGAAACUGUUUGUGAAUGAUUCCAGCAUCCUGUUCCUUCUUAGUAAAGGUUUGACGGUCAUUUUUUUUUUUUUCCUCUGUAUAUUUGUUCAGCAUUGUUUUGAGGGGUUGUGAAUAUUGAAUUUCUUCUGUUAUGUAAAGAAAUAAAUGGAAGCUUUGUUUAAUUUUAGAUUCUUUUUUUUUUUUCUUGGAUAUUUUGUGUCAUCUUUGCUCUUCCUAGAACCACCACAGUAUUGCUAAUUAGCUGCACCUUUUUGAGACAGAAUAUUUUUUCACAUAGAACCAAAGAUGGAGGACAGACUAACAGACCCAGAGGUUGUUUCUAAAAAAAAUAAAAGGUGUAGGUGCUACUGUGAUUCCCAGUUCAGUGUCACUGACGUUAAGGAAUAUUAAUGUCUAACUUUAUUAGAUGCUUUCAUAUCCAGGCUGAAUUUGUUACUUCUCUUUGGGUGCAGUAUCAAAACAACUAGCUUUGUGACUUUGGUUCAUUCUAACUGUAAAGAUGGAAAAAAAAAUGCUGUGAUACACAUUCACUUGAGUUUAUUACCAAGUUGUAUUCUUUCAGCAAUAAAGGCAUCAUUUUUAUA